CGUGUUCGUUCAAACAUUUUUCGCGUCAGCUCCUGUACAGCAGCACGAAGCUAUAAGUACCUAUAUAUAGAUAUAGUAGGGCUUCUCGGGCGCCGGGCGGUGAUUCGUCAAAAUCUUGCGAGCGCGACACUCGUACAUACAUACGAGCAGAAAGAAAGGAAAACAAAGACUUGUCAGAGUGAGACUGUUAAUUCCACGUGCGACGCUGACCGAGUGCCAUCGCGAGAGAGAGAGACCGGGUGCUUAGCUUCCUAGUGUUUAUCAGUCAUCAGGGUAAGUAUGUUUUCUACUUCUGCUGCUGCGUUAUUGGCUAUCAAAUCUGUGGGUCUAAAUGCUCACGAGAGAAGGCAUAAGUAUUUUUGGAUAUAGAUUGCGAUUAAAUACUGUCACAAUGGCCGUGGAAAAAAAUCCUGUGACCAUACUACAGGAGAUGGAGGCAAAGAUUGGGUCAGCGCCUAUCUACGAACUGUGUCCCAGCGAACUCUUGACUGUUCCACCAAUAUUCACGUUCAAAGUUUCAUGCAAUGGUCUUACAGCCUAUGGUUCAGGCAAAUCUAAAAAGGAUGCCAAACAGAAUGCUGCCCAAAACAUGAUUGAAAAAAUGGGUCAACGCAAUAUUGUGAUGAAACCAGCUGCAGCUGCAUCUGCACGAGAUAACUCAAUUCAAGAAUUAAUGAAACUUUGUAAUAAGCUUCAGUUAGAAGAACCUAUUUAUAAGGAAUUAGAGAGAACAGGUCCCCCUCAUGCUCCAGUCUAUUCAACUCUGUGCACGGUGUCUAAGUUUCAACAAGAUGGCACUGCUAGGACAAAAAGACAAUCCAAACAAAUUGCUGCUAGGAAGAUGAUAGAUCAGCUUAAAGAUACUUUCAGUCUUGCUAGCUCACCCCCGGACAAUGGCAACAAGCGAAUUAAAAGAAUGGUCAUGGACGAUAACGCAAACACUAUAGACUUUUCUCAAGUAAAUGCAAUUGAUCAAGCAUCGAAACUAAAAAUCAAUUAUCAAUUGAAAAUGGAAAAUAAACGCAAGGAGUUGUUUAAGAACCUUAGCAGUUCUUCUGUCACCUUCACCAUUCUUCUGUCAAACUUGCAAGAAAUGAGUGAUUUAAUUCAAGAAUGUCAAUUGAACUGCAGUAGCCAAAAAAUCACUAAACUGAAGCAAAUGUUUCAAAAUGUCAUGGACACAGCCAAAAUAGAUUUUCAUCAUAUGCUGUUGCAAACUGCUGAUCCUGCAACGUUUAUGUUGAUUAUUCAAUUGAAUAUAGUUCCAGAUGUUAUAGAGAUGAGUAUUGGUAAAACAAGGGAAGAAGCUGAGUGGCGAACAAUAAGCAAGGUAGUAGGCAGUCUCAAGGAGCUUUUGAACUGAUUGACAUUUAACGAUGUGGAUAAAAAGGUGAUUAUUGUAGUUCAUUAGAAAAAUUAUUUCUAACAUUGCAUAUAUUUAUAUUUAAAUAAUCUAGAGAAAAUCUUUUAAAGAUAUCAAGUUUUAUUAAAAUAUUUUUUAUUUAAGCGAUUUGUAUUGUGGAUCAAUACAGUAUUUGAUAGGUAAAUAGCGAUUACCUGGUUAAACGAAAUCCAAAUAUUUUGUACCGCAUUAAAAUUUGAAUAGUUUAAUACUUCUGAAAAAUGUUAUAAAUUUUCUAGCAAUAAGUUUCAUUGUACAUUUUUUUUUUCUUACGAUGACUAAAAACUACUCUGUGUUAAUAAUGAUGAUUUUAAAAAGGGAUGAGGAUUAUUUAAAAUCGAAGAACUAAUUCAGUUUGUUUUGAUGGAUGUUUACGAAAUUGAUUUGACUGUAAUUUACUCUAAUAAAAAUGGAUUGUGCAAGAUA